UAUAAAGAACAUAACACAGGCUGAAGAAUUGGAGCUUGUAAUUUGUAUUGCUUUGCUUAGCUAUGAGAGCUUACUCAUUAAAUAAUUUAAAGUGUAAGAAGUCAAGACUGAGGAAAAUAUUUUUAAGUAAACAAUAGUGUUAUAUAUCAUACUUAAACAUUUAUAUUUUGUAACACAUGCUGUGCAUGCUUUAAGAAAAUAAAAGAACUAGGUAAAAUUAAGGCAUUAUAUUAUGUUACCAUCGACUGGCUAUUUCAAAGGCAUUAACUGUCCAUUUUUUGAUACCGGCCUGUGUGAACGACCCUACUGUCACUUUCGACAUGUUAAAAGAGAACAAAACGGCGAUGGAAUUGAAAGUGGAGAGAUACUACAAAAGUUGGUUUCAGCAGCAGUACAGAAGGUAUUACGUCAGAAUGAGGCCACAGGCUUGCCUUCAACUUCACAGGAUAACGUAGCUUACGUUAAUGGAUCCAAUUCUACACAGACUGGACCAGUACAGGUGAAGGCGACCUAUAGUCCUACGCCUAUAGCUGAAUUAAAUAAAAUUCACACUGAAUCGGAAGUGGAAGAUGUUGUUGAUAAAAAAAGACGACAUGUACCAGUGCCAUAUACUCCGCGAAAGCCUGCUUCACUUCAAAUUAAAAGGCCUGUUGAUACCAAUGGAUCUAAGUUAUAUGUGGCUCCUAUUGUACAAUAUACUCCUGGCGCUGAAAGUACUCAAGUGGAUCCCUACACUCCUAAAGGUUCCAUAGAAUCCAGUGAAAAAUAUUUGCCUGGAGCAGAUGCUAAAAUUCAGGAAUAUUUGCCAAAUGAUUCUCAGGAGACACAAGUAUCUAAUAAACAUAAUUAUACACCAUCUGAUAAAUAUACCACUAAAAAUAAAAUAAUAGAAUAUAAACCAGCAAUUGUAACAAAAAAAUGUGAUGUACAUGCUGUAAAGUAUCAACCUACACCAAAGUCCCUAGUUCCAUGCUUUUCAAGUGAUGAAGAAGAACCAGAACCAAAAAAACGCAAAAUAUCUAGUGAUUUAAAUGGUUUUGAUGAUUUAGGACCUGAAUUUGAUAUUCUAGAUCAAAUACUUGAUGAAGAAAAUAAAACUGAUGUUUUAAAAACUAAAGAUAAAAAGGAUUCAUGUACAGAAAAUGUCACUAUAAUUAAUAAAAAUGAUAAAAGUAACUCUAAGAAAGGGGAUAAUUCAACGUCUAACACGAAAGGUGCCAAGCAAAACGAUAAACUGAAGAAAAGUACAAAAGAUUCAAACCAUAGGUCAAGCCAUAAGAGCUCUCAUAAUAAUAAAGAAAAAGAAGAAAAAUCCUACACUAAAUCACAGUCCUCUAGUUCUAGAUUGUCAAAGUCAAAACCCUCAGAAAAUAAAGUGUCUGAGAAACAUACAAAAUCUUUAUCUUCACGACAAUCAAAAAGUAGUUCAUCAAGAGACAAAGUAAAAGAGUCAAAGACACACAAAGAAUCCAAGAGUUCCAGAAAAAGCCACAAUAAACACUAUAAGUCUCAUAAAAAAUCAAAAGAAAAAGAAAGAAAAGUAGGAAAAAGAGAUGGUUCAGCUUCUUUUAGUCCAGAUAACAAAAGCUUUGAUGCUAUUGAAACACUAGAAAAUGAAGUAUUAUCAGAUUCAGAUGAAGAAACAAUUGCAGAAGAAUGUAAAAGAAUUUUUGAAGAAUAUGUACCACAACUUAAAACAAAAGCUGUUGAUGAAAGUUUAUGUAAACAAGAAGUUUCCGAUGAAGGGGAAUCAUAUAUACCUACUAAGAAAAGGAUAUCUAGAACAAUUGACAAAAAUAUCAAAAUUGUUUCGAAACCAUCAAUCAAACCAGAUUUCAAGACAAAUGCUGCUCAAACUAUGGCAGAAAGAUUGUCAAAAAUAAGAAUGUUUCAUGCAUCUAAAGCAGAAAAAGAAGAAGAGAAAGAUGUUAAUUUGACUAAAGCUUCUAAGCCAGAAAUCAAGGCUAUCUCAUCUCCCACAAUCUCUAAAGUGCGAAUUGCCCAUGUACCUUAUGCAUCAACUUUAGUAACUGCUAAGAAAUCAAUUGCACCUCCUAUAAAUAAACCCAUAGUUAAAGCUUCAACUAGUUUUACAUCAAUACAAACAGUGAGAAAAGGUGAACAAAGGGUUGCACAUGUUCCUAAUGAAAAGUUCAUUGACAGACCAGGAGUUUUAGAGCCAUUAGGGUCUAAAAUCCCUGCAAAUAUUAGAUCUACCUAUUUAAAUUUAAUGAUUGACCAAUGUCUGAAUAUUUAUUUGUCUGCUGUAGAUGCAUAUGCAAGAGCACAACAUGAGGAGUUAACAACAAGUAAAAAAUGUAGUACAGUACCUAUUUAUAAAAAUUCUGCCGUCCUAGCUAUAAGUAGAUUAAAAAAAGAGUUACAAGAAUCUAAUGGUGUAAAAAAAUCUGGUAAUGAUUGUGUAGCUUUACAAAAAGUUCCAAGUUCUAAAAAUAAUACAAACUCCUUGGGAUCAUGGAGCAUUGAGAGUCGAAGUAAAAAGAUCUAUGACAAUAUUGAACAAUAUACUGGAGCUAAAUUUUAUAGUAACAUAAAGAAAUGGAUACUUACAGAAGAACAAUUGCAAUUAAAUGGUUUUCCUAGAACUCAUAGUAGUGGUGAUAAGGGAAGGGCAAUAAUUUAUGGACAAAACAAACAGAAACCUCCCAAAGGGUCUAUAAGAACUUGCUGUAGAUGCAAAAAAGAAUAUACAAUAAAUAAGAAAGGAUUUCCAAUUAUUAAAGAAGAAUGUAUAUACCAUCCAAACAAUAAGUACAGAGUUCGUGGUGAGGUAAAGUACCAGUGCUGUAGUCAAGAUGGUUCAUCAGAUGGAUGUUGUGUGGCAGAAAGCCAUGUAUAUGAAUAUGUUGAUUUUGAUAAUUUAAAAGGUUUUGUAAAGACUUUUCCCCCUCAAAGAGAAAUGGAAAAUUAUGGCAUAUAUUCAUUAGACUGUGAAAUGUGCUAUACAACAUACGGACUUGACUUAACAAGAGUAACAGUAAUAAAUACAGAAUGUAAAGUAAUUUAUGAAACAUUGGUUAAACCAUUACACCCAAUAAUAGAUUAUAACACUCGGUAUUCUGGUAUAACGGAACAGCACAUGUCACAAGUAAACACAACAUUGCUAGAAGUUCAAGCCACUUUACUUUCCAUGUUUAACAGCAAAACUAUAUUAAUAGGACAUAGUUUGGAAUCAGAUUUUAAAGCACUAAAAUUAAUUCAUGAUACAGUUAUAGAUACAAGCGUUCUAUAUCCUCAUAAAAUGGGACCUCCAUUUAAAAGGGCACUAAGAAACCUUUCAUCUGAAUAUUUAAAAAAAAUUAUACAGAAUUCUGUUGAUGGUCAUGACAGUGCAGAAGAUGCAACCGUUUGUAUGGAACUUCUGCAUUAUAAAUUAAAGGAAGAUCUUAAAACUAGAUGAUAAUACAAAUUUUCAUUCAUAAUGCAUAAUUGUUUAUUGAUUCUUUAUUUAACAUGUGCAUUACUGAUGGUUUCAAUAUUUUCUUACCAUUUGUCAAAUUGGUGAAGAAAUGAUUAUAAAUUAAAUACUGAUUUGUUAUAAAGUGAAUUGUAUUUUUACUUGUUUUAACAUUUUAAUUUAAGCAUAUUAUAGAUGUUUAAAUGUAACAUAUGCAAUUAUUCUAAUAUUUAAAAUACUGCAUAUUUAUUGAAGCAACACAUGAUUGUGGGUAACAAUAAGGUUAAUUUUCUAUUAAAUACUUUUAUACACA